GGGGAGUUGUGAAGGGCGCGGGCUGGGGGGCGCGCUGUUGGCCUCGUGGGGACGUCUGCCGCCGCGUUUGUCCCCGAGCUGGGGCCACAGGAGCGGAGGCAAGAGGGACACAAUGGCAGCCAUGGUCAGGAGGCAGAGGCAGAGGCCAAGGAGGCUAGCCUGUUGGGCGUUGAUGGCUGUGCUCUUGGCAGACUUCUUGGCACUGAGUGACACGUUGGCAGUGAUGUCUGUGGACCUGGGCAGCGAGUCUAUGAAGGUGGCCAUCGUCAAACCUGGAGUGCCCAUGGAAAUUGUCUUGAAUAAGGAAUCCCGGAGGAAAACCCCGGUGAUUGUGACCCUGAAAGAAAAUGAAAGAUUUUUUGGAGACAGUGCCGCAAGCAUGGCUAUCAAGAAUCCGAAGGCUACACUGCGUUACUUUCAGCACCUCCUGGGGAAGCAGGAGGGUAACCCCCAUGUGGCCCUUUACAGAGCCCGUUUCCCGGAGCAUGAGCUAGGCUUCGACCCACAGAGGCAGACUGUGCACUUCAAAAUCAGCCCGCAGCUGCAGUUCUCACCUGAGGAGGUACUGGGCAUGGUUCUCAAUUACUCUCGUUCCCUGGCUGAAGAUUUUGCAGAGCAGCCCAUCAAGGAUGCAGUGAUCACCGUGCCAGCCUUUUUCAAUCAGGCAGAGCGCCGGGCCGUGUUGCAGGCCGCUCGCAUGGCCGGCCUCAAAGUGUUGCAGCUCAUCAAUGACAACACUGCCACUGCCCUCAGCUACGGUGUCUUCCGCCGGAAAGAUAUCAACAGCACUGCCCAGAAUAUCAUGUUCUAUGACAUGGGCUCAGGCAGCACUGUUUGCACCAUCGUGACCUACCAGACGGUGAAGACGAAGGAGGCAGGGAUGCAGCCACAGCUGCAGAUCCGGGGAGUGGGGUUUGACCGCACCCUGGGAGGUCUGGAGAUGGAGCUCCGGCUGCGUGAGCACCUGACCAGGCUUUUCAAUGAGCAACGCAAGGGCCAGAAGGCAAAGGACGUGCGGGAGAACCCCCGGGCCAUGGCCAAGCUUCUGCGUGAGGCUAAUCGACUCAAAACCGUGCUGAGUGCCAACGCUGACCACAUGGCACAGAUCGAGGGCCUGGUGGACGAUGUGGACUUCAAGGCAAAAGUGACUCGAGUGGAGUUUGAAGAGUUGUGUGCAGACUUAUUUGAGCGGGUGCCUGGGCCUGUGCAGCAGGCCCUCCAGAGUGCUGAAAUGAAUUUGGAUGAGAUUGAGCAGGUGAUCCUGGUGGGUGGGGCCACUCGGGUCCCCAAAGUUCAGGAGGUGCUGCUGAAGGCUGUGGGCAAGGAGGAGCUAGGGAAGAACAUCAAUGCAGAUGAAGCAGCCGCUAUGGGGGCUGUGUACCAAGCAGCUGCGCUCAGCAAAGCCUUCAAGGUGAAGCCGUUUGUAGUCCGAGAUGCGGUGAUCUACCCUAUCCUGGUGGAGUUCACAAGGGAGGUGGAGGAGGAGUCGGGGGUUCGCAGUCUGAAGCACAAUAAGCGUGUUCUCUUCUCCCGGAUGGGGCCUUACCCUCAACGCAAAGUCAUCACCUUUAACCGCUACAGCCAUGAUUUCAACUUCCACAUCAACUAUGGUGACCUGGGCUUCCUGGGGCCAGAGGAUCUUCGGGUGUUUGGCUCUCAGAAUCUGACCACAGUGAAGCUAAAAGGUGUGGGUGAGAGCUUCAAGAAGUAUCCCGACCACGAGUCCAAGGGCAUCAAGGCUCACUUCAACCUGGAUGAGAGUGGUGUGCUCAGCCUAGACAGGGUGGAGUCUGUGUUUGAAACUCUGGUGGAGGACAGCCCUGAAGAGGAAUCUACUCUGACCAAACUUGGCAACACCAUCUCCAGCCUGUUUGGAGGUGGUACUAAAGAUACACCAGAUACUAAAGAGAAUGGUACUGACACUGUCCAGGAGGAAGAGGAAAGCCCUGCUGAGGGGAGCAAGGAUGAGCCUGGAGAGCAAGCGGAGCUCAAGGAGGAAGCUGAGGCCCCAAUGGAGGAUACCUCUCAGCCCCCACCCCCUGAGCCUAAGGGGGAUGCAGCCCCUGAGGGAGAAAAGGCUGCGGAAAAAGAAAAUGGGGAAAAGUCUGAGGCCCAGAAGCCAAGUGAGAAGGGAAAGGCGGGGUCUGAGGGUGUCCCUCCAGCCCCAGAGGAAGAAAAGAAGCAGAAGCCUGCCCGCAAGCAGAGGAUGGUAGAGGAGAUUGGGGUGGAGCUGGUUGUUCUGGACCUGCCUGACCUGCCUGAGGACGAGCUGGCUCACUCGGCACAGAAACUUCAGGACUUGACACUCCGAGACCUAGAGAAGCAGGAACGGGAGAAAGCCGCCAACAGCUUGGAAGCUUUCAUCUUUGAGACCCAGGACAAGCUGUACCAACCUGAGUACCAGGAGGUGUCCACUGAGGAACAACGUGAGGACAUCUCUGGGAAACUCAACGCUGCUUCCACCUGGCUGGAGGAUGAGGGCUUUGGGGCCACCACAGUGAUGUUGAAGGAGAAGCUGACUGAGCUGAGGAAGCUGUGCCAGGGGUUAUUUUUUCGGGUGGAAGAGCGCAAGAAGUGGCCCGAACGUCUGUCUGCCCUCGAUAAUCUCCUCAACCAUUCCAGCAUGUUCCUCAAGGGGGCCCGUCUCAUCCCUGAGAUGGACCAGAUCUUCACUGAGGUGGAAAUGACAACGUUAGAGAAAGUCAUCAAUGAGACCUGGGCCUGGAAGAAUGCAACUGUGACUGAGCAGGCCAAGCUUCCUGCCACAGAGAAGCCCGUGUUGCUCUCAAAAGACAUCGAGGCCAAGAUGAUGGCCCUGGACCGUGAGGUGCAGUAUUUGCUCAAUAAGGCCAAGUUUGCCAAGCCCCGGCCCCGGCCCAAGGACAAGAAUGGGACCCGGGCAGAGCCUCCCCUCAAUGCCAGUGCCAGUGACCAGGAGGAGAAGGUCAUCCCUCCACCAGGCCAGGCUGAAGAUGCGAAGCCCAUUUCAGAACCUGAGAAAGAGACUCGAUCUGAACCGGCAGAUGCUGAACCUCUGGAGCUAGGAGGUCCUGGAGCAGAAUCUGAACAGAAGGAGCAGCCGACAGGACAGAAGCAAACUUUGAAGAAUGAUGAACUAUAACCCCUGCCUCCCAGUUCCCCAUUUGUCCCCACCCCUUUCUCCUACCACUUCUAUUUAUUAAACAUCAAGGGUUGGGGGGAGGGGUUGGUCCUGCCCUCAGAGGCUUAAGUUCCUUUUCUCUCACCUGUGAUUGGAGGUGUGGAGAAGUGGAAGGAAGGGACAGCUCACCAGUUCCUUCUGGAGUAGUUCUGUGGUUAAAACUGAAAUUGUUCUGUUCCCGAAUCCCACCCCUGGUUCCCUACUCAUCCAGGCCCUAAUUUGGGAAAAAUCACUAUUGUGUCUUAAUUCUUUGCCUGUGGGUAGGUGAGAGAAUGGCUGUCAGUAGUUGACAGACCUGAUGGUGGGAAGGAUGUCUUGGCAUAUUAGAGUCUCCAGUCUUCUCUGAUCAUCCUUCCCUCCUUUCCUUUUCCACCGAGAAAUCAGUGUCACACAGGGGCCAGUGUCUAUAGAGCCUUGGUUACCAGGUUUGGUUUCUGAGUGCCUAUCUGUGCUCUUUCCUUCACCAAGGUCUUCUCUUUUCCUAAAAACCCCCAUCCCCCUCUGACUCCUUCCCAUGGAUUUCCUUGGCUUCCUGUUGCAAGGUGGGCAGUUCUCUGCCUCUUGCCCAAAGCCCUUCCAUCUGGACCAGCUGAAGUAAAUCUAGAUCGAUUCCCACCCGCACGUACAACCCCUGGUGGCCAGAGUAGGCAAGGAGAAAGUGCAGAAGGGAAUCCAUCCACCUCUCCAGGGAGUGAGACGUGUGAAAACCCUGUAGCUCCCACCUCUGGACUCUUGGGCCCAGGAAAGCUGUGUGGAGUGGCUGGCGUGGGAUGCCAGCAUCCUGCAAGCACUGUCAAAAUCUGGUCUUCCCUGAAGGCUGGUACCCCAUGUCCCUUUGCCUGCCUGCCCCCUUCUCCUGCUGUUCUGCCCUCCCAGACAGAGCCUUUCCCUUGCCCCCUGGCCCCCUGGGCUGACCAAAAUGUGCUUUCUACUGUGAGCCCCUAUCCCAAGACCCUGGGAGAAGGAGAGACCAUGGUGUGAAUGUAAAAAUGCCACCUCGCUCUCUUCAAGGCAGGCCUUGUGGGUGAAGGAAGAGGGUACAUGCUGGCCUUCCUUUCGUGCAUUGCUCUGCUAGGAUGGGUCCUUUUACCCACAAUGCUAAUGCUGGGGAGCCUGUCCUCCAGUAUUCCGUCUGUAGCAGGGCCGGGGCUAGCGCCCAGCCCCCAGGACAAGGGGGAGCCUGGUUGUGUCUUUUGUCUUUUUUUCCUCUUUUUUUUUUUUUUUUUGCCACAUUGGCAGAAAUGAGGCUAAAGGGUCCCACCCACUCCUGUAUGUUUGAAGCUAUAGCAGUUGAGUCUGGUUGGACAGGUUUGAGUCAAAUUGUACUUUGCUCCAUUGUUAAUUGAGAAACUGUUUCAAUAAAAUAUUCUUUUCUACA